GUGCAUUCGACGCUGCUCAAUCAUCGGGCGAAGAUGCAGUUUUGAAAUACAGAGCGGAUCUAAUUUUUGAGUAUGAGACUUUGGUAAAACUAUUUGGCAAAACACGCGAAGAUUCACGUUACAUUUACUACGUUGGAAAAUCUGAUGAUCUAGAUCAGUGGUUAUCAAAAGUCGAAGAAUAUUCGUUAACGCAUAAAUCUUUGCUUGACGAAGAAGUCGAUUUAUCAUCAGAUUGGAGCACUACGCAGCUUUUAAAAGUUGAUAGUGAAUCGCGAAGUGUUAUUAGUGACAAAAAAGCCCUUCGGGAACUUGAUACUAAAGGCAUUAAUGAUUUACAAGAGAAGAUUAAAAGUAUGGAAUAUAAAAUUGAAAAGAUUUUAGAGUUGUUGGUAAAAGAUUAG